GAACGCUAUGAUUUGUCAACUCCAAGACCUACCGCCUUACAUGGAGUCCGAAAACAAGAGUUUCGAACCGUGGCGUGACUACAUGAAGUUAGCUGACCUAGUGCGUGAGAUGCAGUUAGGCAAGUUCACCCCAGAACCGUCAACCGUUGAGGGUCAUGACUCCGGGAUAUGGUCGACCAUGGUGGAAUUUGAGGAGUUUCCGCCGCGAGCCUUGCUGUCACCGAUAACACCCGUGGCGACACCACCCCUAUGGCACGAAAUGGAACCCCUGGAUUCCGAAAUCGUCCUCUUGCAUGAAGACGCUCCUUUAUCGCCGAGCAGCACCAAGGGUUCCGAGCCCCCUACAGCACCGUCCAGAUCCCCCGCUGGCACCUGGGACCAGAGUGGGAGAAACACGCCGGAGGAGGUGCCAUCACCCGAGCGCACCUGGGACCAGAGUGGGAGAAACACGCCGGAGGAGGUGCCAUCACCCGAGCGCACCUGGGACCGGAGUGGGAGAAACACGCCGGAGGAGGUGCCAUCACCCGAGCGCACCUGGUACCAGAGUGGGAGAAACACGCCGGAGGAGGUGCCAUCACCCGAGCGCACCUGGUACCAGAGUGGGAGAAACACGCCGGAGGAGGUGCAAUCACCCGAGCGCACCUGGGGCCAGAGUGGGAGAAACACGCCGGAGGAGGUGCCAUCACCCGAGCGCACCUGGUACCAGAGUGGGAGAAACACGCCGGAGGAGGUGCCAUCACCCGAGCGCACCUGCUACCAGAGUGGGAGAAACACGCCGGAGGAGGUGCCAUCACCCGAGCGCACCUGGUACCAGGGUGGGAGAAACACACCGGAGGAGGUGCCAUCACCCGAGCGCAAGUUCUGCAGCUUCUGCAAAUACAACGGGCAGCCCGAGUCGGUGUUUCUGUCCCACAGCAUCAAGAACCAAGAUGGGGACAUGAUGUGCCGGUACCUGCAGCUAAGUCUUUGCCCUCUCUGCGGGGUCACCGGGGCCCAAGCCGCCACCAUGCACCAUUGUUCACCAUUGGUGUAA